AAUAUACAGAGUGUUCUAUUUCAAUCUUAGCAUAUAAAUAUUUUAGAAAGAUAUAAAAAGCACGAAGAAAUAUUUCAGACAAAAGUCGUAGUAUACCAAACACACGAAUAGUACUAAUAUUCGAUUUAGCGAUGAUCUUGAAAAAGCAUGUAAAGAUGAUAUACAAAAAUAUCAAUAUACGAGUAUAGUAUACAAAAUUGUUUAAAUAUUUCUCGAAAAUACUUUGUACAAUCGUAAAAGUAUUGACAUCAUGUCCCCAUUGCAUGUACUUAUAUAUAUGUAUAUAUAGGGGUGUUACUCGUGGGAGCAUCGCAGUUCUUCGGAGAACGUCUUUAGCUGGAAAGAUGAUACGAUUUGUUAUUCUAUUUGGUACAUUAAUUGUUUUAUCAACGGCUCAGUUUCAACCUACUAGAAGAAUUUUAGAAGCACCAAUUCCUGCGCUUUGUGCACAAAGGAUUAUUCAUGAACGUUUUAAUGGCAAGGGUUAUUACUAUUCUUGGGCUGAUCCAAGAACAAAUGGACAAGAACUUGAUUGGUUAGCAGGCAGAAAUUUCUGUAGACAAAGAUGUAUGGACCUUGUUUCCUUGGAAACUUCUGCAGAGAAUGAAUUUAUUAAAAGUCGCAUUGUUCAAAAUAAUAUAAAAUAUAUUUGGACAUCCGGACGACUUUGUGAUUUCAAAGGAUGUGAUAGGCCUGAUCUUCAACCUCUUCAUAUUAAUGGUUGGUUCUGGACUGCUGAAUUACAAAAACUUGCCCCUACUAGUGAUCGCUCUCAAAAUGAUUGGUCCGAGAGUGGAGGAAUUGGAAAACCACAACCUGAUAAUCGUGAAGCUAUACAACAAGGAGGUGCACCAGAAAAUUGUUUAGCAGUAUUAAAUCAAUUUUAUAAUGAUGGAGUAAAUUGGCAUGAUGUUGCUUGUCAUCAUAAGAAACCAUGGGUGUGUGAAGAUAAUGAUUCUUUAUUGAGAUAUGUUCAUUUUACUAAUCCUAAUAAUCGUAAUUAAAGUAAAUAAAAUAUA